AAAGAGAGAAAAAAGGCUGAGUUUCAAAUUCCCAUAUUUUGUUUGUUGUCCCUCUUCCUCCUCCUUCAAUCAUUUCAAUUCCAACUCACACACUCUUCUUCCAGCUAAUAAUAAACAACUUCAUCUCUACUUGUCAAAAUUCACUGCUUCCAACCAACAAACGCCGUUUGCCGUCGCCGUCUCCGCCGCCGGGAUCUGGCGCAAUGGCUACGCGUGGCUGACUUGUUCUACGCGUCGUCAGUUGAAGUAAUACUAAUAAAAAGUUGAGAGAGAAGAGAAGGAAGUCGCUUUUUUUUCGUUUCCUUUCUCUUUCGUUUUCAUUGACCUUUUCCUUAUUCAACUUGUACUACUCAAUAUUGUAUCCUUUGCUUUAUUUUAAUUGAUUGAGAGAGAAGAAAAGGAUAAGAAAAAAAAGAGAGAUGUAUGGAGUGGCUCCGCCCAAAAGUUCAGAUUCCGGCGGUGGUGCAGCCAAUCAGGCCGCCUUUAUACGGACUUAUCAGGCCUGGAAGGGAAGUAAUAAAUUUAUUCUACAAGGAAGGUUCAUCUUUGGACCUGAUGUCAGGUCAGUCUUUAUGACUAUCUUCCUAAUAGUCGCCCCAGUUGCUGUUUUUUGUGUCUUUGUUGCGAGGAAAUUGGUGGAUGAUUUUGCUGGUGACUGGGGGUGGUCAAUCAUGGUUGUAGCUGUUGUUUUCUCAGUAUAUGUCAUAGUGCUUCUUCUACUGACUUCUGGAAGAGAUCCCGGUAUAGUUCCUCGCAACCUUCAUCCUCCAGAACCAGAAAACUUUGAAGGGAGUGCUCAAGCUGGACCUGGUCAAACUCCCCAAUUGCGUUUACCCCGCAUCAAGGAUGUGACUGUCAAUGGAAUAACUGUGAAAACCAAAUAUUGUGACACCUGCAUGUUGUACAGGCCUCCACGUUGUUCACACUGUUCAAUUUGUAACAACUGUGUGGAACGUUUCGACCAUCACUGCCCCUGGGUCGGACAAUGCAUUGGAUUGAGGAAUUACCGUUUCUUCUUCAUGUUUGUCUUCUCAACAACCCUCCUUUGCUUAUACGUGCAUGGCUUUUGCUGGGUGUAUAUUAAAAGGAUCAUGGAUGGUGAACAGACGUCAAUCUGGAAGGCAAUGGCCAAGACUCCUGCUUCUAUUGUGCUAAUCAUUUAUACAUUUAUAUCAGUUUGGUUUGUUGGUGGAUUGACCGUCUUCCAUCUAUAUCUUAUUGGCACAAAUCAGUCAACAUAUGAGAAUUUCAGAUAUCGGUAUGAUCGGAGGGUCAACCCUUUUAACAAAGGUGUACUUCACAACUUCUUAGAGAUAUUCUGCACUAGUAUACCUCCUUCCAAGAACAACUUCAGAGCCAAAGUGGCGAGAGAACCUGGAAUACCACCUCGUGAAGUUGGAGGUGGUUUUGUUAGUCCAAACAUGGAGAAAACAAUGAGUGAUUUAGAAAGGGGAAGGAAGCCUUCUUGGCAUGAAGAAAGGAGAGGAACAAAUGAAUUUGAAGGACAGACUAGAAAUGAUAAUCAAUUUGAUAAAGACGAAGAGCUAUCAGUUAUAUCCGCAGAGCUAAAUGGUGCCACAUUGCCAGAUGGGCGUAGUAUACUACAUCCAAGGCGCUCUAGUUGGGGAAGAAGAAGUGGAACCUUGGAAAUACCACCUGAUGUAGUUGCUAUGGCAUCUGAAAUUGGAGACUCAAAUAGGAUAACUGUCAGUAAUGGCGCUUUCUCAACCGAAAACCAGCAAUAGUGAUUGACCUUGGUGUUGUUUAAGCUAUUGUAAAAGAACUGACAAUUGUAAAGAUCAUUAGCCAGAGUUUAUGGGUGCUUCUGACUUUAUCUUCCAGGCUUCUUUGUGUGUAUAUUAUUUUAUUUUUAUUUUUCUUUUCUUGUGUGAAAGGCAACAGAAAUUCUGUGCAGUGUGUUUAUUUUA